AAAUUCGCUUCCUUUGAAGUCGAUCCUGCGAAAUAAAGUGAGAUUUGAAAAGCUGCCGUCAUCAAGGCAGAGGCAGUACAAUCAAAGGAUGGGAAGAUGGUCAUGGUGACAACAACCGAAGUUGAAUCAAGAGCCCCACCAGCCGUGCUUUUUCACGGUGGGAAGCCACGUACCGGUUACAUGGCAGGAAUUGUGGUUGUUUGUGCUCUGAUAGUCACCCUCAUCCGCUAUGCUCUCACCUUCCUUCCAGCAUUGGACUCCGGAUAGAACGCACACUACAAGUGUGAAGUCUGAGGCGAGAAGGCACUUGCACAUACUUCCCGAACACAGCGUGGCUCAGCCUCUUCUUCACAAUCUCAACCCGCUUUCUCACAGUCGGCUACCUGCGCUCCGGAAAUCUCUGAAUCGUCGCCGAGAGGACCGUAAUUCGACCAUUCCGUCUCAUCAUCGCGGUCGCCGGCAUCGCCAUUCUCGAGUACUUCUUCAUCGACUGCGGUGCAGCGCAAUAGCUCGAAUACCUCCUUUCCGUAGCCUGGUCCACUUGGCCAUAUUCAGACCGCUACAAAAACUCUCGGAGAAUUUUUUUAACGAGCUGCUGGAACUACUCCAACGCCGCACCCCAAAUAACAAUCAACUACUGCACCGGGGUCUCUGGGCAAUUCCCGUGACUCUUCAAGGUUCGAGGAUAUCCAUCCUCGGAGUGAUGAUAAUCUGCGAGCUCAAAACCCCAUGGAAGCGCUUCGGCUACUACACAGUUUACAUACUGAUGAACUGGCACGUCCGGGAAUGGGGAUCGUAAUUCUGGGCGGGCCUCGACCUCGACGUAAUCUACAGAUACAGAAAAUACAUUUACGUGCGAUUUCUGCUCAUCACAUGUCUUCUCACUGCAUUCACAAUGCUAACCUGGGACGCCCUGCUCAUCGACGCCGGGAUCCCUCUCGCCCUCGAGCGUGGGAUCCACCCCGACCUCAAAACCGGCCGCCCAAUAGCACAAACGGAGAAUAGAGGCUACCCAGCAUACUUCGAGUCCCAUCUCAAUGACC